UGAGGGAAACUCGUGUCUGAAGUGACAGAGCUGAACUGUCAUACAAGCCGCACUCCAGUCAAACUGUGGCACCAGUUCGUGCCUUUCCUUUCUUUGCUGGCCACUACACGUUGGGCGCUGAAUUAAAGUUAUUUGGAUAUGCACUUUUUAAAAUCCCUGCGAGUUACAAACUCCAGUGUUUUGGUCUUCAAAGACGCUGUCAAACGGACCGAACCGGCGUGUCACUUACUGAGCCUCAGAAAAGCACCCAGGAUAUUGUACACGAGUUCGGCGUCGCUGCACCAGUAUUACAACGAGCUCAGCCUGAAGGACAGGGAACAUGCACACCAACAGCUGCGUGCCUCUAAGAAGAGCCUGUUUCCAGAGCUGGAGGAUCUGCUGUUCUACACCAUCACAGAUGGGCAGGAACAGAUCUCUCUCCCAAAGUUCAUCACCGCAGUGAAAGGGACAGGCUUGUUGACCUCUGACCCUCGUCUGAGAGACUGCAUGGACCUCAUCCGCCAAUCAGUGCAGGACUCGGUAGGCGGAGUCAUGAUGGACCGAUACCUCUUCAGGAAGUGUGUGGGCAGUAACAUCGUUCUCCUGACUCAAGCUUUCCGAAAAAAGUUUAUCAUUCCCGAUUUCCAGACUUUCAGCAACCACAUCAACCAGCUGUACGACAGCGCCAGGAAACAGAACGCUGGGAAGGUUGCUGACUACAUUCCUCAGCUGGCUAAGUUCAGCCCUGACCUGUGGGGUGUUUCUCUGUGCACUGUGGACGGGCAAAGACACUCUGUGGGCGACACAAGACUCCCCUUCUGCCUGCAGUCCUGCGUGAAGCCACUAGAGUACGCUAUUGCGAUCCAUGAGUCUGGGACAGAGAGUGUGCACCGCUACGUGGGGAAGGAGCCCAGCGGACUGAAAUUCAACAAGCUGUUCCUGAACGACGAGGAUCGGCCUCAUAAUCCCAUGGUGAAUGCAGGGGCCAUUGUCAUCAGCUCCCUCAUAAAGCCAGGAGCCAACAAAGCUGAGAAAUUUGAUUAUGUAAUGGAGUUUCUCAACAAGAUGGCCGGUAAGGAAUACAUCGGAUUCAGCAACGCCACGUUUCAGUCGGAGAAAGAGACGGGAGACAGGAAUUUUGCCAUCGGAUACUACUUGAAAGAGAAGAAGUGUUUUCCCAGUGGGGCUGACAUGAUUGCUGCACUGGACUUUUACUUCCAGCUGUGCUCCAUCGAGGUGACGUGUGAGUCGGGCAGUGUGAUGGCCGCCACGCUGGCAAACGGAGGGAUCUGUCCAAUCACAGGAGAGCGGGUCCUUAGCGCCGAGGCGGUGCGCAACACCCUGAGUCUCAUGCACUCCUGUGGGAUGUACGACUACUCGGGACAAUUUGCCUUCCACGUGGGUCUCCCUGCCAAGUCUGGUGUCUCGGGGGCGGUGCUCCUGGUGGUACCCAAUGUGAUGGGGAUGAUGUGCUGGUCGCCCCGUGUGGACAGAGUGGGGAACAGCGUGCGGGGAAUUCACUUCUGUCAGGAUCUGGUCUCUCUGUUUAAUUUCCACAACUAUGACAACCUGCAUCACUUCACCAAGAAACUGGACCCGCGUCGGCAGCCAGGCGAUGCCAGGAAUAAGUCUGUUGUGAAUCUGCUGUUUGCUGCUUACAGCGGGGAUGUGUCCGCUUUGAGAAGGUUUGCCCUUUCAGCGAUGGACAUGGAGCAGAAAGACUAUGAUUCCCGCACUGCCCUACAUGUGGCGUCUUCAGAGGGUCAUGUGGAGGUUGUGCGGUUCUUGGUGGAGGAAUGCAAGGUCAACCCAUUCAUGAAAGACAGGUGGGAUAACAGCCCUCUGGAUGAUGCUGUGCAGUUUGGUCACCAGGAGGUUGUAAAGAUCCUGCAGGACUAUCAGACCAGCUUCGUUCUGGUGGAGCCCGGUUCUGAGCUGGAGGACCUCAGCAAACUUGAGACCCUGGAGAGCAUGGUGUGAGCUGGCUGGGGCCCGGCAGAGCCCUGACUCGAGAGCCCGGUGUCACCGUCUCACAGACACUGCCGUAACCAGCAGGAUUGUCAAGUACUCCCCUAGACACGAAACCAGGUGUUGGUCUAGAACCGUGUGUUUAUUAUUCCUGGGUUGUCCUUCGUCUAGAGCUCUUGUGUGAAAGUUCUAGCCUGUUAUCUUAAGAUAAGUUGUUUCUCACGCUAAUAGGAGACUUUUUGGUAUGUGGAUCAUUUUGAAUUGUACCACGACCUGAGAAGUGAUAUCUUUCACAUGCUGCACAAUUCUCUUUAUGUAUUGAAAAGACAUGGCAUAAUACGUCUGUCUGUUUCAUAAUCAGAAUUUACUAUGAACUGCUAGGCUGAAACUUUUAAUUGUUUGAAACCUAAACAAUGAAAGUGUUCCAGAACACCCUUUAGUGUUUACAACAGACACACGCCUCACCAGCUCUGUCUCCUGAGCUGAACAUAUCGCUGAAAUAUCUUUUUCAACAUCAUGUCCAUUUAUGCAUUUAGGGAAAUGUGAUAUAGAUGCUCCAGUCUUUCUUAACAGUGGUCAUGUUAGCUCCAUGAGAAUCUCAUAUUCUUCCACUGUGAUACUCUGCACUGCGGAAAUCCACUGGGCUCAGAAACGCACACAGAGUACAUGUACUGAUUUGGACCAAUCAGAACACAUCAAAUAGUAAGAGUUCUAAAUAAAUAGAAAUGAAGCACGCAUUUUCUACGUAGGGGCUGGUCAUUCUACAGUGUGCCUCGUCAUGCCGAUUCACAGCUUGCAAGAGUAGCCAAUCACCUGCAGAAUAACAUCCAGGAGGCAGUGUGGUCCAGUGGUUAAAGUCCAGGGCUUGUAACCAGAAGGUCAUCGGUUCAAAUCCCACCUCUGCCACUGACUGACUCACUGUGUGUGACCCUGAGCAAGUCACUUCACCUCCUUGCGCUCCAUCCUGCGGAUGAGAUGUUAAGUCAAUGUCCUAUUGUAAGUGACUCUGCAUAUAAUGCGCAGUUCACUUCCUACCUCUGUAAAGUGCUUUGUGAUGGUGGUCCACUAUGAAAGGCGCUAUAUAAAGAUCUUAAUAAUAAUAAUAAUAAUAAUAAUAAUAAUAUCAUCUGUCAGACAUGAAAGUCAACAAUAAGGAUAGAUUUGCUGAGUGCUGCUGAUUUUCGGGUUACCAGGCGUCUCAGGGAGACUUUUACAUGACAUUUUCCCGGUUUUGCUCUUGUCGUUUUUUUCGAGUCCCGUAUAAACCUAUAGCAGUGUGAUCAGCAAGUGAACAGUGAGGAAUGUCUUGGGUUGUGUUAACGCCAUUCGAAAAUAAAAGAAACAAGCUCCUGGAUGAUGUGUUUCACAAUCUGUUUCGCUUCCUGGACCAGCUCUGCGUCUUUAUGUUUUACUGUUUUAUCUCUGCUCUGCCGUGCCGCCAGCAGGGGUGGCUUUUUCAGUUAGUCAUGUUGAAAUGGUACGAACAGCAGAGCCACGUUUUCUAACAUGUUUUGUUCAGAUGACAAUAAAAAGAGAACAAUGAAUUAUUACGAUCUGCAGUAAUCACACCCGGUGUUUCACUUUUAAAUACGAUUCGGUUAUUAUUAUUAUUUGUUUAUUUAGCAGACGCCUUUAUCCAAGGCGACUUACAGAGACUAGGGUGUGUGAACUGUGCAUCAGCUGCAGAGUCACUUACAAUUACAUCUCACCCGAAAGACGGAGCACAAGGAGGUUAAGUGACUUGCUCAGGGUCACACAAUGAGUCAGUGGCUGAGCUGGGGUUUGAACCGGGGACCUGCUUCGUGGAGUCGCUGAAUUGAAGAAAAAAAAAUAUCCAGAUUUUUCAAUCUGGAAGUCUGGUAACCCUCUGUAGACUUCCACAUACUAUUUAAAUUAAUUGGUUCUUAUUUCAUCUUCAGUGAUCUGAUUGGCCAAAUUAGAAUUACAACACAUACUAAAUUCGAAUUAGUACAUGUACUAAAUAAUGCGUUUUUGAGCCGAAUGGCCUUCCAUAGAGAUGUACCUGCUGACCGUCUCCCCAUGCCAGCCAGCGUGAAGGAACAGAACACCUGGCCACAUUUUGUCUGGAUACAAACGCCAGACGUUUUCAUGGUGUCUGCUGAUUCACAACCAAGAUCUGAUAAAUCCAUUUGUUUGGUUUCAUUCUUCUGUAGAUUUAUGACCCAGGGUAUAUGAUUAAUAUGUAGAAAAAGAUAUUUCAGAAACACAUACUGUGUAGCACAGACAGCAGUUGUAAUGUAAACACUGUAACACAUUAAUAUUCUGUGCUUGGCCUCUAUUUAAAGUGCUUUAAACACAGAGUUCAAAUAAUUGCAGUAAAUCUUACUGACAUCAUUGGAUCCCUAUGUAUGAGGUGCCAAUUUAUUUGAAGCUCUUAGUGGAGAAAAUGUAUCGAUCUCUCCUUAAUAUUUUGAGUGAUGCUGAUGCAUAGUUAGGUAAGAUAUUCAGGAAAUAUUUUCUUAGCUCCAUAUAUUUAAGUGCACAGAGGUAACAAAGCAUUGUCAGUAAAUGUAAUAUGUAUUACCAUCAAUGCGUAGAUCUUACAUUUUGCUAUGUGAGACACAUUAUGUUAUUCGGUUAUUUGAUUUUGAAUGGUAAGCAGAGGCAGGACUCCUCUGGGGAAGCUGCCUCUCAGAGGAUCUCUCCUCCAAUCAGAGGAUUUCUCUUCCAAUGAGAGGAUCUUUCCUCCAGUGAGAGGAUCUCUCCUCCAAUGAGAGGAUCUCUCCUCCAGUGAGAGGAUCCCUCCUCCAAUCAGAGGAUCUCUUCUCCAGUGAAAGGAUCUCUCCAAUCAGAAUGGCAUUCUGUCAUCUUCUGAUGGAUUCUAUACUGGAAUUCUCAUGAUCUUAAUUCCUGAGACUGACUGUGUGUAAUAUAUAGCUUUGAUAGUGUGUAUGGGAAGAAACUGUGUCCCAUGUAUUUAUUUUUCUAAAUGUCGUAUACCAAAGAUGUGUGUGUUGUUCCAUUUGAGAUACUCUGAUUGUUCAGCUUCAGACUAAUCAUAACAGCUGUACACUCCCCUCAAUUGGGACAAAUUAUAUAUAUAUAUAUAUAGAUAGAUAUAGAUAUAUAUAUAUUGUGACGAUCUGCGUUCCUAUCCCAGGCUUUGCUUCAAUCAGACACUUGACAACCAGAUGCAAGGAAACGCCGUAGCGUAUGUUUAUUAUUCACAGACUGCAAAAAGAAAAUAAAGAAAACAAAACCUAACCCAGUCUCGGGUCCUAACUAAACAAAUCGUUUCCUAACUAAUGACGGGGCAGGCUAAGCCUGUUACCUCGUCUCCAAAACCAAAAUCGUAAUCCAAAUACCUUUCCAAAAUGUCGUUAACCAGUUCUCACAAUCCGAAUAUUCUUUUCCCUUGUUUUUACUCUUUUACUCUCCAACUCUCCAACUCAGCUCCUACCAUCACCCUCGUCCAAGCAUUCAGCAAACAGCCAUUUUAAAUGGUGACCAAUUAAAUUAUUAAACAAUUGACAGGUCAUAAAAUUGGACAAUUAAUUUGACCUGGAGCCAGCUUUGACUCCAGUAGCUUCCCCCUGGUCCUAUUGUCCCCCAGGUAUUGUCUCUGCAUAAUAUUAAACAUUUAUUUUAAACCACACUUUUUAUUUGUACUUUCCUUUAUUUAACACUGUUAUUAUUUAUAAAGUGUAUUAUUUAACCCAACUUCAUUUUUGAUCCCAAGCACUUUACAUUAAUUCCUUUGUUUACCAUCCAGUUGGUUUAUGUUGUCAUUCACCUUCCUUUAACCAAUCCCUCACAAUAUAUAUAAUUUGUAUCCAUUUUUCCUGAAACACUAUUUAAAUUCAAGAAAAUUCUGCAACAGUGAAAUAAAUUUCAGCAAUAUACAAAUGAAUUACUAGUGUGAGAAACCAUUAAAACUAGACAAAUUCAUCCAAUCAUUUACAACUAAUUAUAACCAAUUCAGUGGCUACCUGUAAUUGAGUUGAGGGUGUAUUUUCUUUGUCACUCUUCCUAUGACAGACUAGUACACUCUCAGCUUGAUAAGAGUUAGCCACUGAACACUUCUAAACACAUAUUUAAGUGUGUUUAAGACUGCCCUGCAAGGACCUGGUGUGGGCGUGUUCUCCUGCUAUACCCCUGGAGAUGCCUUCCAACACCUUGUGGAGUCUGUGCCAAAUCAGGGCAAGCAGUGGUACAGGGCCUCUAAUGAAGAGGCCAGUCAUUGUGUGUUUGAAGAAGGGGUGAUUAUCUACUCAGCGGAGGGGAAUGUACGUUCUAAAGCACUAUUUCACAAACUGUUUUUCUGAGCUUUAACUGUUGUUUUAACUUUUGUUGCACAAAAACUAAUUGCAAGUGAUGUGUGUGUUUAUAUGAAAGUAUAUUAUAUAAGGAUUUUAUGUAAAUAAAGGUGAACAGCUUGA